GUGGAGAGCCUGACGCCGCAGCUGGUGGCGGCUGGUCGCAUCCGCAUGAGCUUCCCCACGAACGACGCGGCGGACGAGCACUUCGAGAACCUGCGCCGCGAGUACGCCGACCGCAUCGAGCGCGUCAGGGACCUCGCCGACGAGCUUACUGACUCUGCCGCCUUCGUCGCUGCCUCAGAGGAGGUGAUGCGGCGGCACACGGCGGCCUGCGAGACGGCAAUCGCCGGCGGACAGGCGCAGGCGGUGGUGGACAACGUGAGCAGCAUCGCGCGUCUCGUCAGCCGCGUCCUGCAGGUGGCCAAGCAGGAGGCGGACAACUCGGAGGACCCCAGCUUCGUGGCCUCCGUGAAGACGGCCAGCGCUGCCCUCGAGGCAG